AUGCCUCAUGCGAAUCAGCCCUCAGUAGCCGGAACCUCGCGGUGUGUUCCUGCCGAUGCGCCCCUGGAGACGUUCUGGCAGACCCAGCGGGACGAGCUCCAUGAUCUUCGUUCCACGGAGGCUUUGCCGGAGCACAGUGAUAUCGUGAUCAUUGGCGCGGGCUACGCUGGUGUCAGCACGGCGUACCACCUCGUGAAAGAUUUCCCGGACGUGGACAGAUCCAUCACGAUCCUCGAAGCUCGCGGAGUGUGUUCUGGCGCAACUGGGCGGAAUGGCGGUCACGCCAGACCAGAUCUGUACGGCCACGUCCCCAAGUACAUCGAGCGAGCCGGGGCACGCGCGGGCGCGGAGGUGGCGGAGUUUGAAGUCGCCAAUCUCUUCGCGCUGAAGCAAAUCAUUCGCGAGGAGAAGAUCGACUGUGACUUCACUCUUGCGCGGUCGCUCGAUGUGUGGUGCAAUGAGGAGGGUGCCAAGCAAGCCAAGGCGAUUUAUGAUCAGAUGGUGGAGCACAACUUCGAGUACAUGGAAGAUGUGAUUUUCUACACGGGAGAUCAAGUAGAAGGGAUCUGCGGAGUCAAGGGAGCAAAGGCCUGCGCCAGUUUUACAGCGGGGACUAUGUGGCCCUACAAGUUUAUCCUACACUUGACAAGAUUGAUUCACGCCGCGGGUGUCAACGUCCAAGCCAAUACGCCUGUCACAUCUGUCGAGCCUGAUUCAACCGGGGGCUAUUUUGUCACCACACCCAGGGGAAAGAUCCAUGCCGGCAAAGUUGUCUUCGCGAACAAUGCGUACGUCUCCGGUGUUUUGCCUCAGUAUCAAAAGAGCAUCGUGCCAUGCAAGGGGAUCUGCACCCGGAUCACGGUCCCUGAAGAGACGACACCGCCCUUGCUGAAUAACUCCUAUAUCCACCGAACAGAGGAUAACGCAGAUGGAAGUAUUAUUGUCGGAGGCGCUGCUGCUGUCUUCCGUAAUCACGAGGAGCAGUGGUACGACAACGUGGACGAUGGCGUCCUCAUCGACUCUGCCAAGGACUAUUACCAUGGGUACAUGCAACGGACCUACCGCGGAUGGGAGGACACCGGCGCCAAAGUGGACAAGAUCUGGUCCGGUGUCAUGGGCUAUUCCUACGACCUGCAUCCCCAUAUUGGUUGUGUUCCGGAAGCCCAGGAUCAGUAUAUCAUUGCUGGAUUCAACGGCCACGGUAUGCCAGUGAUCUGGCUCUCCUCUAAAGAGCUGGCCAAGAUGAUCACCAUGAACAUUCCGUUCGAGAAAACUAGCAUGCCCCGACUGUUCCAGACUACUCAGGCCAGGCUCGAUCGGGCUUUGAAUGGGACAGUUGAGGAUGGAGAUAUUCUGGGGGGCGGUAGCCCUUCUGCUACCAAACCUUGA